UUCUCUCUCUCCUCUCUCUCUUUCUCUCUCCUCUCAAUUUCUUACAAUUUUCCAUGUCUGUGUACUCUCUCUCAAUCUCAAGCUCUUGUAAAGAUAAAACCCAUCUGCAGAAUCACUGACCCAAACACAUUUGUGAUUGUGGGUGUAAUCGCCGGCAGUUUGGUCGGAAAAUGGCCGGUAUUGUCGCCGGCGAGAGCGACAGUUCGCCGCCGGCGCUUGCUCUACUGGGGUUUGUUCGCGAUGUCGUUCGAAUGUCAGCGGGGAUGAACAGUGGUGGAGAGGUUUUCAAGAGGGAUUGCACCGAUCUGGUGCGUCGGAUUGUGCUUCUGACACAUUUGUUUGAGGAGAUCAGAGAUUUUAAGGGCCUCGAAUUUGAUGCUUCCACUUCUUCUUCUUCUUCUUCGUCUUCUGCUGCUGUUACUGCGAGGGAUUCGUCUCCGUUUCCAUGGCUGUCUGAUUUAGUGGCGGCAUUGAAGGAUGCUAAGCGCCUCAUUUUCAUCGCUUCGACUUUCCGUUCCUGCAGUUCUUCUGAAGAAGUUGCCAAGAAGAUACUCUUCCAGUUCCAAUGUGUGACAUGGAAGUUAGAGAAGGCGCUGGGAAAUCUUCCAUAUGAUUGCUUUGAUAUAUCAGAGGAAGUUCAAGAGCAGGUUGAAUUAGUGAGAGCUCAGCUGAGAAGGGCAGCAGAAAAAUAUGGAUCUCUGACUGCAAUUCCGCUGUCGGUCGUUCAAUCUCAGUUGCUGAAGAAAAACAUGGAUCUGUUGAAUCUGAACAACUGGGCUGAAACUUUUGAUGUUGAAGAGGGUGGCAUUGUAGAUCACGAGAUUACAGUGAAAUUUGAUGCUUUUCAAAAUUGUAGAGGCUUGAUGAAUAAUGGAGUGGAUCAGCUGAGUUUCAAAGGACUUGACAAACUUCCAUCCUCUUCUGAUGGGCAGGAUGACUCUGCCAAAAAGAGUGGAGACCAGGUUAAGAGCCCAGAUGGAGUUUCAAUACCUGAUGAUUUUUUAUGCCCCAUAUCCUUGGAAAUAAUGAGGGAUCCUGUUAUUGUGUCCACAGGCCAGACGUAUGAGAGAUCUUAUGUACAGAGGUGGAUAGAUUGUGGGAAUACUACUUGUCCCAAAACUCAGCAGAAACUCCAAAAUUUGACUCUCACCCCAAAUUAUGUGUUGCGGAGUCUUAUUAGCCAGUGGUGUGUGAAGCACAAUAUUGAACAACCAACAGGAUUAACAAAUGGGAAGAUCAAAAAGUGCGAUGGAUCGUACCGUGAUGUUUGUGAGGAGAUGGCAGCGAUCGAAUCUAUUGUCCGCAAGCUAACUAGCCAUUCGAUCGAGGAGCGGAGAGCUUCGGUGACUGAACUUCGAUCUCUAUCUAAAAGAAGCACAGAUAAUAGAAUACUGAUCGCUGAAGCAGGAGCGAUUCCUGCAUUGGUCAAUCUGUUAACUGCUGAUGAUGUUUUAAUACAAGAAAAUGCAGUUACUUCGAUUCUGAACCUUUCAAUAUAUGAGAAUAACAAGGGACUGAUUAUGCUUGCUGGUGCAGUACCUUCCAUUGUUCAAGUUCUGAGAGUUGGAAGCAUGGAAGCCAGAGAAAAUGCAGCAGCAACACUUUUCAGCUUGUCUCUUGCUGAUGAAAACAGGAUCAUUAUUGGUGCUUCCGGGGCGAUUACGGCUCUGGUGGACUUACUUGAAAACGGAAGCUCACGAGGGAAGAAGGACGCUGCAACGGCACUAUUCAAUUUGUGUAUUUAUCAGGGGAACAAGGGGAGGGCUGUGAGGGCAGGGAUCGUUCCAGCCCUGUUAAAGAUGCUUACGGACUCGAUCAAUUCGAUGGUCGAUGAAGCUCUUACUAUAAUGUCGGUUCUCGCCAGCCAUCAAGAAGCAAAGGUAGCCAUGGUGAAGGCCAGUAGCAUCCCUGUCUUAAUAGACCUGCUGAGGACUGGAUUGCCUCGCAACAAAGAAAAUGCUGCUGCCAUUUUGCUUGCGUUGUGUAAGCGAGAUACCGACAAUCUUUCUUGCAUAAGCAGGCUCGGCGCCGUGAUUCCUUUGACAGAGCUUGCAAAGAGCGGCACGGAGAGGGCGAAAAGGAAGGCUACUUCACUGUUGGAGCAUCUAAGGAAGCUACAGCAGGUAUAAAACAAAGGCAUUUUCCAUAGUUUUCUUUUCUUACCACUUUGAGUUCCCAUUACUUUUGACAGUUAAUUUUCAGCUGGGUGAUCUCUUUGGUUGUGAUAACAAAGAAUUAGGGAUGCAUGGCUAAUGAAGGCCACUCUCCUUGAAUCUGUGUACUUGAUUCCUUCAUUAUAUUGUACAAGUGUGUAUAAAUUCAUUCACUGACUCUCUUAACAAAAUUUCUGUUAUAACCAAGAAGAAGGUACUGUUUGGGAACAGUGUUGAACUCUCUCUCUCUCUCUCUCUCUUCUGUUCCUUUUUGUAAGACCAUCUUCUCAGUUUCUUGGCCCGGUUGGGAAGUUUACUGAAGGAAAGCCUUUGUCUGUAAUACGGAUGUAGAAUAAUAUCCUUUAUUCCCAUGGACAACGGUUUUCUUUA